AUGAAGCGGGAAGAGGCAGACGCGGGUGUGCGUGGCCCCUGUCGCCGGCGGGUCGGGUCGGGAGGGCCGGCGGAGGAGGAGGCUCGGAACCCGGGCGCGCGCGGCUCUGCCCCCAAGCGCCGCCCCGCGCGCCCCAUCGGGCGGGUGAGGGGGGGAAGCCGGCCGGCCGGUGCUGCUCCGCGGCGGCCGGAGCAGGUCGGGACCACGGCCACCUCCGCCGCAGGGUCCUCCCGGACCAUCUGGCCGCCGCCGGGCCCGCGGACGAGUGAGGGCACAUCUUCCUCGAGGGGCUCCAGGAACCGAGGCCCCGCGAGGCGGCGCGGCCCCCAUGGCCCCGAUCAGACCCGGGCCGCGGACGGCGGUGGGGGCCCCAAGUCCAGCCAAACCCUCGGGGAGGACCGGGAUGCCGGGGCGCCGCGGAGGAGCCGCGGCUGCCGCCUGCGCCUGCGGGGGCUGUGGGGGCGGGCCGGGACACCGUGGUACGGGGCAGAAGAACGCGUGACCCUGCGGGGCCGGCUGACCCUGCGGGGCCGCCUGGUCAUGCGGGGCCUCAUGGCCCUGCGGGGCCGCCUGGUCCUGCGGGAAUCGCGAGGGUCGCGGGUCGCCCGGACACCGUGUCGCCCGGGGAAGUCGAUCCGGGAUAGCCGGACGCCGCGGAGGAGCUUUGGCCGCACGGGAUCCCGAGGCUCACGCCGCCAGUCCCAGACGCCGGUCCCCGCGCCCCGCCCGGUAAACCAGUCCCGCACCGCCAGCCUGCGGUCCACCAAGGGUGCAGAGGGCCCGUCGCCUCCUGCCCACCACGAAGUUCGCACGGCCAGCCUCCGGCCCACCAAGGCUGCGGAGGGCCCAUCGCCUUCCGCCCAGGAAAAACUUCCCGUGGCCAGGUGCCAUCCUACCCAAACUGCAGGCGGCCCAUCGCCUUCCGCCCAGGACAAACUUCCCGUGGCCAGGUGCCAUGCUACCCAUGCUGCAGGCGGCUCAUCGCCUUGCACCCAGGACAAACUUCCCGUAGCCAGGUGCCAUCCUACCCAAGCUGCAGGCGGCCCAUCGCCUUCCACCCCGGACAAACUUCCCGGGCCCAGGGGCCAUGCUACCCAAGCUGCAGGCGGCCCAUCGCCUUCCACCCCGGACAAACUUCCCGGGCCCAGGGGCCAUGCUACCCAAGCUGCAGGCGGCCCGUCGCCUUCCACCCCGGACAAACUUCCCGGGCCCAGGGGCCAUGCUACCCAAGCUGCAGGCGGCCCAUCGCCUUCCACCCCGGACAAACCUCCCGGGCCCAGGGGCCAUGCUACCCAAGCUGCAGGCGGCCCAUCGCCUUCCACCCCGGACAAACUUCCCGGGCCCAGGGGCCAUGCUACUCAAGCUGCAGAAGGCCGGUCACCUUCCACCCAGGACAAACUUCCCAGGCCCAAGGGCCAUGCUACCCAAGCUGCAGAAGGCCGGUCACCUUCCACCCAGGACAAACUUCCCGGGCCCAGCAUUCAGCUUACCCCAGCUGCAGAAGGCCCGUCACCUUCCACCCAGGACAAACUUCCCGUGACCAGCGACCAGCCUACCCCAGCUGCAGAAGACCCGUCGCCUUCCACCCAAGACAAACUUCCCGCGCCCGGGGGCCAGCCUACCCCAGCUGCAGACGGCCCGUCGCCUUCCGCCGAGCAGGAACAGUACGAACUUCCCGCGCCCGGGGGCCAGCCUACCCAGACUGCAGAAGAAGGCCCGUCGCCCUCCACCCAGGACAAACUUCCCGUGGCCAGCGACCAGCUUACCCAGGCUGCAGACGGCCCGUCGCCUUCCGCCGAGCAGGAACAGUACGAACUUCCCGCGCCCGGGGGCCAGCCUAGCCAGGCUGCAGAAGAAGACCCGUCGCCUCCCGCCCCGGACCAACUUCCCGCGCCCAGCGUCCGGCCUACCCAACCUGGGGAAGACCCGUCGCCUGCCGCCCAGGACGAACCUCCCGCGGCCAGCGGCCAGCCUCACGAAGCUACUGAAGACCCGUCGCCUUCCGCCCAGGACGAACUUCCCGCGGCCAGCGGCCAGCCUACCCCAGCUGGAGAAGACCCGUCGCCUUCCGCUCAGGACAAACUUCCCGCCGCUUUCGCCGACUCGUAA